CCUCCAGCCCUCAGUCCCCCAGGUCAAUGGAGGGCCCCUACCCCCCCUCCCAGGUCACACUGGUGGGGUCAUCUGUGGGUGAGGUCAGCCAGGAGUCACAGGAGAGGUCAAAGGUCAUCUGCGCUAAGGGAAGGUCCCGCGUCAGACUGGCCGCCCUAGUAUUCCUCCUGCAACAGUUAGUGUGGGAGGCCGCCCACACACACUUGACCCGCCCACAGACACACGCCCACCUCUCAGCAGCCCUUCACCUGCCGCGCCCACACCUCCACCUGCUGGCCAUCCUCUCCCAUGCCGGCCCCCUCCUGACUGGGCUAGUAGUGGGCGUGGCGUGCGCGCGCGGGCAUAGGGCGAGGUGGGCGGCGGCGGGGCAGGGGUUGGCCGCCCUCGCCGCCCUCAUGACAGCUGCCACCGCCCUCACAGCCACGCCCAUCACUCACGCCUCCAAGUAUUGCAAUGUUAACAGACUUCUGGCCUUAGCAACGGACCCCGAUAAGAGGGACCUAGCAACGCAGAACCCCGCUAGUACACCCUGCCUAGUUCCUAACACAAUAGUACUGGUAGUCUGGCUGGUGGCUUCCUUCAUAACUGGUGUGGGCGUGUCGAUGGGGUACACGCUCGGUUUUCCUUACCUGGACGACGGAGUGAGAAGGGACGAGGCGCCGCUGUAUCUAGCUGUUCUUGUGUCUGCCGGCGCGUUUGGAAAGGUGAUUGGAGAGAGGAUGGCCACUGACUUUGCAGGGGCGUGGUGGGCGGGACAGCUGGUGUGGGCGGCCUGCUGGCUCACUCUCACCGCCCUCACUCUUACUCUUCCCAGACACCUGAGUCCGGACACCAAGAUUAGGCAAAGUGGACCCAGCAAGAUCCUCACCCCGGGACUGUCCACCACCGGGCCUCCCCCUGGGGCGCCCCUGGAGGAGGAGGAGGAAGAGGAGGAGGAAGAGGAGGAGGAGGAGGAGGAGACAGUGGAGGAGAGAGAAUUGGGGUAUUUAUUUGGAAUUAAGAAAUAA